AACCUCAGAGACCGACUACCCCCACACACUCCCAGCAGAGACGAUCCACAGGACCUGCCCUCACAGACGCACCCGCCCGCUGGACCCAAGUCAUCCCUGGAUCCCUGGCUCUCUUCCUCUGACUCAGCAGGACCCAAACAUGGCUCCCUAGACUGGAUCGCGCCAAGGAGGGUUCAACAAGAUACAAAAAAAAGAAGAAGUUUCCUAGUGGUUUUGUUAAGGACCAUUUUUUUUUUUCUCAAAACGCUACGCACCUGAUCACCCCCACCUCCACAUCGAGUCGUUCGUUUCAUCCGGGGGAUUCGCCAAACCGCUUGGGUUUCACAUUUGUGUUUGUGACAGGACCGCGUUGUCCUCCACCCCCGCCCCUCCUCCGCCCCUCUCCGCGCCCCGAUGUUGACAGAGUCGUACGGAACCCUGGGGAGCCCUGCGGGGUCCGACCUCCGGGACCUAGGCUCAUUCCUGCCCCCGGUCCCCUCAGUCCCCUCCCUGCCGGGGGGCUGCUCCCAGUGGCCCCCCCUCCUGGACCUCCACCCCAGCUCCCCCUACGGCUCCCUGCCCUCCCUGCCCUCCAUGAUCAAACAGGAGCCCGGAUGGGGCUCCCAGGAGCCCUUAGAGGACCCUCACUGCGGCCUAGGAGCCUUCACUCUGCACUUCUCUGGACAGUUUACAGGCACGGGCCCCUGCCGGGUAGGGGCCCUUGGAGAGCCCGCGGCGGCCCACGGCAGGGUGUUCCCCAGCGGGGCCUACCUCCCCAGCUGUGUGGACGCCUCUCCAGCUCCCAGGAACCAGGAUUACGGGACGUUGGGCUUCGACCACGCGCUCAGUUACGGUCACACUCCUCCUCAUCAGUCCCCGCAGAUCUCCAGCCACUCGUUCAAACUCGAGGAGAACCUGUCUCCUCAGACCACGAUGGUGAAUCAGCAGUACCAAUGCCCCCCCCCCCCUCCCAUGUUCAGCUACCACAACCCUGCAGAGUCCUGUCCCAGCAACCCUGCUCUUCUCCUCAGGAACUACAACAGUGAUGACCUCUACCAGAUGGAGUGUGUCGCGUGGAACCAAGUCAAUCCGAUGGCCCCGCCCAUGAAGAGCCACGGGACGGGGUACGAGAGUGCCCCCACAGCGCCCCCGGUGGUGCUCAGCUGCAGCGCCCAGUAUCACAUCCACACACACGGAGUGUUCAGAGGACCACAGGAUCUCAGACGUGGCCCAGGCGUUGCCCCCUCUGUAUCCAAGCCCUCAGAGUUGGGGGUGAAACGCCCUUUUGUGUGUCCCUACGCUGGCUGCAGCAAGAAGUACUUCAAACUGUCCCACCUGCAGAUGCACGGCAGGAAGCACACAGGAGAGAAGCCCUAUCCGUGUGAUGUCACCGACUGUGGCAGAAAGUUCUCAAGAUCAGACCAGCUGAAGAGGCACCAACGUAGACACACAGGAGUGAAGCCGUACCAGUGUGAGACGUGUCAGAGGAAGUUCUCCCGGUCGGACCAUCUGAAGACACACACACGGACUCAUACAGGUAAAACAAGUGAGAAGCCAUUCACCUGUCGUUGGUCCAGCUGUCAGAAGAAGUUUGCUCGUUCAGAUGAGCUAGUGCGUCACCACAGCAUGCACCAGAGGAACCUCUCUAAGCUGCAGUCCUGAUGACCAAGAUGAUGAUUAUACACCCUGAAGAUGAAGAUGACAGCGGUGAUGAUGAAGAUGAUGACGACAGUGGUGAUGAAGACGACUCCUCCGAUGAUGAAGACGAUGGAGGUGAUGAUGAUGACGAGGAUGUUGGUGAUGGCGAAGGGGGAGGUGUCCCACCUUGGUACAGCCAGUCUGAGAGCAGGGUUAUGGAGGGUGGAUGAAUGAUUAUGAUAAUGAUGUACAAUCUUCAUUAUGUUGUUGUAAUAUUAUUAUUACAAUUUUUUACUGUAAUAUAACUUGCACUGUCAUUAUGUAGCAUUGUCAUGACUCCCUGGAUUGUAUAAACUGGAGUUAGGAGAUCAUUUCACUACUUACACAACCAGUGGAACCGAGAGAAAUAUUGCAAUGAAUGGGACAUUAAUUUUUUUUAAUAUAUAUAUAUAUCCGUACAGUAUACAAUUUUACAAACUGCUUUUGUAUAUAUUUGGCAUUGUUGCUAUUUCGUUUUUGUACUUUCAAUUUUAUAAAAAGUUAUUCUUGAUC